ACCAAUUUCCAAUGAAGGCAGCACUUUUCCUGGGAGCAGUAGCGGUAACUUUAGCUAAUCUCCGCUGGUAAAAUCAGAUAUUUAUCGCUUAAUUCACUAUGAAUUUGUCGUUAAGUAGGAUAUCCUGCUUUUAUCUGCUACAUAUGAAAUAACUGACUAUAUUUUUAAAGAUUAAAACCAGGUAACGAUUGUUUAAAAGCGGGAUUUUAUAAUUGCGAAAUGCCUACGGAAAUUAAACAGAGGAAAAAGACGCAGUCUCAAAAGCAAAACGAUGAAAUGCCGCAAAAUUCACCUGCCACCGGUAAAGGCGAAGCACAAAAAGCGAAAACGGAAGACGGAGAGAACAGUGGAGCAAAUAAAACGUCCUCAGGUCCAGACAUUAAAGGUUUGAUGUGUUUACUGUCGCUAGUAGCAUGCGGAGUUUUGAGCUGGGUGGUGCUGCAGCAGAAUGAAAGGUUUUCUCUAAUGGAAGAAAAGUAUAAAGCUCUGCACGGGAAAACUUCCAGCCUGUUGGACAUGGAGGAAGAGAUGGUGAAAGUUUCCAAGAAGUGUGAAACCGUGCAGCAGAUGCUGGAGGGUCUCGCGGCCCAGCCGGGGAACCUGCAGCCCCGGCUGGAGGCUCUGGAGCGGGACGUCGUCCAGCUGAACGACUGGGCCGCCGGGCUGAGCGGGAAACGAGCGCAGCUCCACGGCAGCUUGACGUCGCUGAGAGACGCGGUGACGCAAAUCGAAGAGCGAACCUCGGCCAUUACAAAGGACUUCGCCAACAAGGUUUCCUCUGUCAGGACGGACGUGCGUCGGAUGGACGGUCUGCGGUCCGAGUUGGACUCCGUGUUGUCGCAGGUUGGAGAGCUGGAGGACAAAACCGGUCAGGUGGAGCGCAGCAUGGUCAAACGCAUCGGAGACGUCCUGGGCAGCAGCGUCGACCGAAUCUCCAGCCUCCGAUCUGCGUCUGAACGCAACACCAAGGCCAUCGACCAGCUCCGCAAGCGAAUCCCUGAGCUGGUCGCCGUGGACGACCAGAUAUCAGACCGCCUGCGGGAGCUGGAGAGCGGCCGCGCUCGCCUCGUACGGACGCUGACGUUCGCUGCAGACCUCAAACCAAAGGUGGCGUCCAUUAAACGAGACUUCGGAGCAUUUGAGCCGCAGGUGUCCGACCUGACGCUCAGGAUCGGGCGAUUGGCGGAGGAUCUGUCAGAAAGAGAGCGUGAGAUCGCUGAACUCCGACAGACUUUGCUGAACCUCACAGCAGUGGAGGGAGAGUUAAGUGUUACGACUAAACAGGUCAGUGAGAUAGCUGAUUUGUCUGACAUCGGAGAGAUGCAAAACCUAAAAUAGUUAUGUUUUAUAUCUGAUGAUCACCUGUCAAACUACUGCAAUAAACAUUUUUCAUAAAACAAAUCACAAACUAGCCGCUUCGCUUGUUUAAAAGCUAGCUUCUCCUGCAUCUGAUUGAACAAUAAGAAGAAAAACAUUCAUCAAAAGCAUCUCACAUUAUAUUUCUAUUAUUUCAAAUUGCAAAAACAACCUACAUAGUGGUCGAAUAAUGACCAAUAGCUAUUGGUUUGUUCAGAAAAUCCUCAUUUUGGGUUUAUAAAAUGGGGGAAAAACUGGAAUUCAGAAAAAUUCAAAUGGGAAAAACUAGAUGUGAAUAAUUUGUUGCUCUAAAUCAGUCGACUGCCGUUCUGGUCAUGCAUUUUGGGUCGUCAUCCACAGAAGCAUCCCACAGCAUGAUGCUGCACGUCACAUCCUUUUUUAGCAUUUAUUUAAGCAGACAAUUACCUAACACUUAGAUUUUGUUGGUUAAAAUACACUGAAAUCUGUGGCUGCGAAUAAAAUGUAAGAAGAGUCAAUAAGCGAUAAGCAGCGAAACUCAAGACAUAAUUUUAUAAAUUUCACUCCCUUAAAAUAAAAAUUCACGGCUUCAGGUCAAACAUUUGUUUUUUUAUUCUUCUAAAACAAACAAAGGAGUGCUUAAAAA